AAUUAUUCAAUCGUGUCGAAUUAAUUAAUUAUUAUUGUAUUAAUCACCUUAGAGACGAUUACGAAGACGACGACCAAGAUGUAUUUAUAAUAUUAUGUUCUUCAUCUUUGCCAUCUUGGUACACAGCAUUGGAAAAUAUCUGAUUGCGAGUAAAAGGUAUAAUGAAUGAUCGAAGGAUUGGGAAUACGCGUUCGAAUAGUAUAUUCGAAGUAUUCGCCGACGAGUAUUACCACGUUGAUGAAAACCAUGAGCGAUUGCGAUGGCGGCGAAAUCGAAGGCGAAGGAUCGGUUACGACGAGCACCAACGAGUGUUACGAUGAUAAAGAUACCGAAGACGUUUGCAGAUUGAACUCUUCGAUGGAAUGGCGUUCGAUCAAGUCACCUUUCCAGUCGUUCGUCUACGGUUGGGGCAAUACCGUUGAUGGCGAGUUGGGUCUCGGCGGUAUCGAAGAAAAUCACAUCCUCGAGCCUCGCGAAGUAACCUUCCACGAUUCGGAAAACAUUAAACAUGUGGCAUGCGGUGAACAUCAUUCGUUAGUUUUAACUUGUAAUGGCAUGGUUUACUCUUGCGGUAAUAACGAUUACGGGCAACUUGGACGUGAUAAAUCUAGAACGAAGAAGUUUCAUAAAGUUAGCGGUUUAGACGUACAUAAUAUCAUUAAUAUAGCUUGCGGAGAACAUCAUUCGAUAGCGGUUAACGAAUGGGGCCAGGUGUUUAGUUGGGGUAGCAAUUUACACGGACAAUUAGGUUUUAGUGAUAAUUUAGGUGGGUUUCAACCGGAGCCUAAAAUAAUCAAGACAUUAGCUACCAAAAACGUCGUCCAGGUGUCCUGCGGUUACAAGCAUUGUCUAGCGUUGACCAAUGAUGGUACUUUAUAUUCAUGGGGUCUAAAUGACAAUGGCCAAUUAGGUCUCGGCCUGAGUAUAAAAAAUGUAGGCCUCGUUAGCCAGCCAAACGUAGUUAAAGCUCUGAAUGGCGUUCCUAUCGCAUUCAUAGCAUGUGGCGGAUAUCACAGUUUCGCUAUCUCGAAAACAGGAGUCGUAUACGGCUGGGGUAAAAAUAGCUUCGGACAAUUAGGGUUGAAUAAUUUAAAGAAUCACAACGUUCCGUCUCAAUUGAGAACACUUCGAUCGGUGAAAAUCAAAUACAUAUCGUGCGGUGAAGAUUUUUCAGUAUUUUUAACACAGGAUGGCGGCGUAUUCACCUGCGGUGCCGGCAUGUAUGGUCAACUGGGCCAUGGAGCUUUCACGAACGAAGUACUGCCGAGAAAAGUAGUCGAACUGAUGGGCAGCACGGUGACGCAGAUAAGCUGCGGAAGACGACACACGCUCACUAUGAUUCCGUCCAGAGGACGAGUAUACGCGUUCGGUCUCGGAGGCGUGGGCCAGCUGGGUAAUAAAUUCGUCAAAAAUGCCAGCACACCUCACGUGGUGCUCGGACCUUGGGCCACGUCUUCGGAUAGCUCAUCCGCAGACGCGUGCACGGUCCGAAGGGUGUAUUCCGGAGGCGAUCACUGUUUUGUGACUGUGGCUAAGAAAAAAGAUAAUCUACCGCCGGAAGAUUUGCGAAUUUGGCCCAAGAAUACUCAGAUCUUGGAUGUAGAUUUCAAUUACCUGAAUCAGUGUAGAAAUAUUCCGGUCGAUAGUGCCGUCGAUCAGGAUUUAAUGACAUACUUAGAAUUAGUGAUGAGCAGUUUGAGUUGUUUCAAUGGGUCUUUCCUCGUUCCCGAUACCGAGUGCUGUGAACAAAAUGCUAGUGUUGAUUUUAAAAUGGUCGCCGAGUGCUUCAAUAUUAUUACUAAAAUCGAGCAUCCGUCUAUUUUAGAUACGAUUUUAACUUGUAUAUCGACGAUGGUGAUGAGCUUUCCGAGUACGCCUAUCGAUGUAGAAACGUCACGUGCUUAUCUCAUUUUACCAUUGUAUCAUCAGUUUUUAAAUCCAAAGAAUUGCGACAUUCUUCAAAUUCCUUUCGGCGAGGGAUUGCUACAGACGUUUUCUACAAUAGAAAAAUGGUACAAAACGCUAAACAGUGAGAAUUUCGAGCUUCUGAUCUUAAUUUACAAAAAUGUGCUCAUUGAUAAGCUGAAAACGCUUGAUCCGUCUCAGGAAUUAUUACGCUGGGAUUCGAUGCUAUCCGUAUCGUUGGAAGUACUCUCCAAAUUGAACGCUUUGAAUAAAUGUAUGGCUAACCGAAACAUAUCGAGUAGUAAUAGCUCCGAUACCAGCGGCAGAAUCGUAUCAACGGCUGAUCGUUCGUCGACUCCCACGUCUAGCACGAGUGCGUACGAGAAACAUGGCGGAUGUCGAGUACCAUAUCAUGCUUUUUACGUACCCGAGCUGUCUGAACACGUUAAUAUAACCGUAGAUUAUAUGAGAUGGGUUAAAGGAGAGCCUAAGAGUAAGUAUUAUUUUUGCGAUUUUCCCUUCAUAUUCGAUACGGAAGCGAAGACUACGUUGUUGCUGACUGAUCAACAUAUGCAGAUGCAAAACGCGGUUGAAACUUCGAUACAGAGAGCCGUCAUGAGGACGUUAUUCGAGCCCAGUGGACCAACGGCGAUUAGUCAGUUUUUAGAUAUUCACGUUUCUCGGGAUAAUAUCGUACAAGAUACCAUACGCGAGCUUUCCAUUUACGAUACGACCGAUUUGAAGAAACCUCUCAGGGUACACUUUUUAGGCGAAGAAGCCGAAGAUGCGGGCGGCGUUCGUAAAGAAUUCUUCAUGUUGGUGCUGCGAGACAUAUUAGAUCCGAAAUACGGUAUGUUCCAGUCGUACGAAGAAACCAAUACGAUCUGGUUCCGCGACGAUACAUUCGAAGAUGACACCAUGUAUUACCUGAUCGGAAUACUUUGCGGAUUAGCCAUCUACAAUUUCACCAUUAUCAAUAUCCCAUUCCCAUUAGCUAUGUACAAGAAGCUGCUGAACGAGCCGGUCAGGCUAGAGGAUGUCAAAGGACUAUCGCCUACGUUACAUAAGAGUUUGGAAGAUGUGCUGAGUUAUAACGAACCUGAUCUGGAGGAUGUGUUCAGUUUGCAUUUCGAUAUCACUAGAGACGUAUUUGGCGAAAUUAAAGUCAUCCCUUUGAAACCGAACGGCGAAAAUAUUUCGGUCACGUUGGAAAAUAAGCAAGAAUUCGUCGACUUGUACGUCGACAUGAUCUUCAAUAAAUUGGUGGAAAGUCGUUUCAAGCAGUUCAGCGCCGGAUUCCAUAAAGUCUGCGGCGGUCGUGUACUUCAACUGUUUCACGCUCAAGAGCUAAUGUCUGUAGUCAUCGGUAACGAAGACUACGAUUGGUAUCAGUUGGAAAAUAGCGCUAUUUAUAAGAAAGGGUACAGUUCCAGCGAUCCGACUAUUCGAAUGUUUUGGGAAGUUUUCCACGAAAUGUCGCUGGAAGACAAGAAGAAAUUUUUAUUGUAUUUAACCGGUUCCGAUCGGAUACCUAUUCAAGGAAUGAAAGCUAUCAAGAUUGUGAUACAACCCACGGCCGACGACAAAUACCUUCCUGUCGCUCAUACCUGUUUUAACCUACUAGAUUUACCCAGAUAUCAAACGAAAGAACGACUAAGAUAUAAAUUACUACAAGCCAUUCAACAAACUCAGGGCUUUUCACUGGUGUAGACAUCGUGUGGAUGAUUUUUUCUUUCUUUUUUAAAUUCUAUUAUUUUACUACGUGUACCGUUAGUGUGUGUGUGUGUGUGUGUGACUGUGUGAGUCUUGAUCGUGAAAAACUACCACUUCUACCUACUACUCUACGGUAUACGUACGUGUGAUUGUACGUGUGUUAUUGUUGUUGAUAUCGGUAAUCUGUCGAUAUUACUUUAAAUUAUUAGUAAUUAUUAUUAUUAUUUUACGUACGUAUCUCUAUACCGUGUUAUCUGCAGGCUGUUUUUAUCGAUGUGUUAAAAUAAUGUUAAAUACAUUAAUAAUAAGGGUGUUUUUUUGCCGCCCCUCCCUCUAAUACCCACACUGUUUUUAGAGCACCUUGUUCUGUUCUCGUUACUUGCGGUUUUUUGUAAAGUUAUUUUUAUUGAUUGUUUUUUCGUUUUCUUCGUUGAUUCUUUUCAAUUCGAGAGAAUUAUUAUUUUUUUUUGGAAAUUGAUAAUUUAAAAUAACAAAAAGAUCGAAGAAAAUUUCGGAUUUAUUUUUAUUUUUUUUUUUUGUAUCUGGUCACUAGAGCACACGGUUAACUAUUUCAAAACGAACAAUGCUACUCGUGAGGGAAGAUUUGAGCUAUGAGGUAAAAUUAUUGUACUAAAUUGCGUGUUGAACCAAAGCACAUUAUUGUAUCUAUUGUAUCAUUUUUCUGAAUUAGCAGCGGGGGGAUUCGAUAGUGUUUUAUUUAGACUAUAAUUAUUGCGAUGUUUUUUUUUUCGCGUUAUUAUUCAAAGACUGGGAGUGAUUAUAACUAUUAUACUACGUACUACAUAUUUCAUGGCCUUAAUACGAUGCUCGCGAUGUUACCGUUUUAAUUAAUUUACGUAUUAUUUUUUUUUAAAUGAUUUUUUGGAAAAUGUUUUUUCUUCCUAUUUUAUUUUGUUACGAUGAUAAUUGGUAAAUGUGACGAAUCGUUGAAGAAAAAAAAUGGCGAAAUAUUGACAUGAGGCAAUCUUUAUCUUAUUAUCCCGGAAACAAUCACUGUUUUACAAUCGAAUACUUAUUCCUCGACACGAAGAUGAGGAUCGAGUUUUAUUAUUCUUUAAUUUUUUUUUUUUUUAAUCGAAUAAUUUAUUAUUUUAAAUAAAAAAUCUUUUAUUUUCACGUU